AGCUGUGCAGAGGCAAGUGGAGAAUCACAGCAACGUAACGCGACACACAAUCCCGUCCUGUAAUAAUCCAGCGCUUCGGUUUAGUAUAGUAUGGCAUCUAGGAGAAUGGAGACCAAACCAGUGAUAACCUGCCUCAAAACCCUCCUGGUCGUCUACUCCUUCGUAUUUUGGAUCACAGGUGCAAUCCUACUUGCUGUUGGAGUAUGGGGCAAGCUCACCUUGGGGACGUACAUUUCCCUUAUUGCUGAAAACUCCACCAACGCCCCCUAUGUCCUGAUCGGAACUGGUACUACUAUUAUUGUCUUUGGGCUGUUUGGAUGCUUUGCCACAUGCCGUGGAAGCCCAUGGAUGCUGAAAUUGUAUGCUAUGUUCCUGUCUCUGGUGUUCCUGGCUGAGCUGGUGGCUGGUAUUUCUGGUUUUGUGUUCCGACAUGAAAUCAAGGUCACAUUCCUCAGGACUUACAACGAAGCGGUCCUCGACUACAACGCGAAUGAUGAGCGAAGCAAGGCAGUGGAUUAUGUACAGACAAGUCUGCGCUGCUGUGGAGUGCAGAACUACACCAGCUGGUUCAGCAGCAAGUACUUUCCAGAGAACGGCAUCCCGCACAGCUGCUGUGCCAACGCCAGUGACUGCAGCCAACAGGACAUGCGCAAUGCCACCAUUGCCUCCACCAAGGUGUACCAGCAGGGCUGUUACGAUUUGGUGACCAGCUUUAUGGAGACAAACAUGGGCAUCAUAGCUGGAGUUGCUUUCGGAAUUGCGUUUUCACAGUUGAUUGGGAUGCUGUUGGCCUGCUGCCUGUCACGAUUUAUCACUGCCAAUCAAUAUGAAAUGGUGUAACGGCAAGGGAAGAGGGGCGAUGGACUGCAUUUAUCAUCCUGAAAUUGUGGAACACUCUUGGAGGACACUUCAAGAACACUAGCCACUCCCAUUUUCAUUCUCUACUCGCUUCAAACUGUAGUGCAAGAACUCGCACACUCCAUUCUCAUUCUCUCUGCUCACUUCUUAUUGUAGCACAUCAUUCCUUGACAUACAGUUGUGCCACGAAAACAAGCUUACUUUCAAUACUUCAACCCUUAACGAUCCCUGUUGGCCUCAAGAUCAAUGUCUCAACUUUAUAACAUAGGUCCUGUGCCACUGUGGACGUGCAUGUAGUAUCUGGGUUGUAUAGUUGCUAUUUAAAAUGUGUAAGCAUUAACGACAUUUCUAUAAAAGACAAAAAAAAACUGUUGAUACAUUCUAGUUUUCCAUCCAGUACAUUUUUAUUUUCAGCCAAAAAGUAAAGAUUUUCAGAAAUGAUGAAAGUAUACAUGAAAAUAAUAACAAGAAAAGAAAAACAAUGUAAAGAUGUAGUGCUUGAAGGGAGCACUUCUCGCGAAUGUUAGAGUACAGUCUUUUAAUCUUAUUGUACAUGUAACGCUUCUGCUUUUUGCUGCUAUAUUAAGUACAUCACUGCAUCUGAUCCUGUUAUAUUAUUAUUACUAAGAUGUGCGCAGUUGCUUUAUAUAUGAAUAUUUUUUGUAUUGUGUGUUAUUUUUUUUUUUGUUUAGUAGGUCGGUGAUACCCAAACAAGUCUAUGGAUUUCAAAUGGGGUUAAAAUAAGAAAAAAAACACUUCAGCAUUCUCCUGGUGGUUUGUGUAUAGUGUUGCAAUGCAACUUGGGGUGUAAUAAGAAAAUGUAAAGCAUUUCAUUUUUAAUGACAUUAUUACCUUGUAACUGCACAGUUUGAUUUAUAGUAGAACCUUAGAAUUAUGAACACCACCCAUCUGAACUGACUGGUCGACCACACACAACACCUGAAACCGGACACAGGGCUCCUGGCUUCUGUAAACGGUGUGUUUAAAUGAAAAACACAGCUCUCCUGGCUUCUUUUUGGUUAUUAUUAUUAUUAUUAUUAUUAUUAUUGUUAUUAUUGUUCCUCAUUUUAAAUAUGUAAACCUUGUAUUAAUACAGUACACAUACAAUGCAUCAUUGAACAGUUUGAGUUACAGACAUUUCAGUCUUAUGAGCAUCCUCCAGUCCCUUUGUGUUCAUAACUGUGGGGUUCUACUGUCAUUAAGUGAUAACCAAGGCUUCGCAAUGAAAGAAGAAAACAAGAGUCCAGAACAGUUUCAUUUAGACUUUAUUCCACUCCCAAUAGACUUUUAAGCAAAUCACGAGUCCAGGCUUCGUGAGGCCUACAAAUAAUGAGUUGAAAAUAUGGCUGUCACUUUAAAUUUAUCUGGGAAAUAUAGUUUAUCCUGCUAUAGCCCUGUUCAGGUGCACAUCAGAAACACAGUGCCUCAUGAAUAUCAUAAGCAGUUGUGCACUUCUGCCUUUCUCUUGCAAAUCAGUGCAGCUGCUAACUGUAAAAUCACAUGGCCGCCCCCCCCCCCCCCCCCCCCCGCCCCAUUUGCAAAGUUAUAGACCGCCUCUUGAAAACCCUGCUGGAAAACACUGGAAAAUGUUGUUCUUACUACUGAAACAUCAAACACCUGUGCAUUUACAGUAGGUCUAAAUGGCUUCUUCUACUAUAUUAGAUCACUGUUGCAAUUGCAUGGAGGGUCCCUUGCAGUCCUGUGUGCUGGAGUAAAGGGAGCACUGAAUUAGAUGACUGUAACCUUAUUUAAUAAAACUGAUGUGAGUAGCUCAGGCUGGAUGAUUCAAAGCAGCCUUUUGUAUUAUUCUUUGUGUACUGCUCAGGCUGGAUGAUUCAAAGCAGCCUUUUGUAUUAUUCUUUGUGUACUGUACGUGUUUAUUGUCUUGUUUUGGAGUUGUUGCAGGCUACCACCGUGAUGUUUGUGUAGGUGGAUCAGUGUUAAAAGCAAAUCUAGAAAAUUCAUUAGAAAAAAACUGCAGUUAGAAAGGAUUAUAAAAGUUUGUUUAAUAAAAAAACAACAAAACAAAACUUUUUAAACUCAUCACUAGCUAGCAUGCCAACAAAAGUAUGUUGAUAUUGUAAGCAAUUGUGAUCUCUAAUAAUAAACAGUCAUUACAACUUU